AUGCCGCGCGACGACUUUGACCGCCGCCGUCUUCGCGCUCUCUACGAGCGCAACCGCCGUCGCGUUUCGGCGCUGGCGGACGCGCGUGACCGCCGUCGCGGUGGCGAGGAUGACUACGCUGCACCGCGCCGCUAUGUUGUGAGCGAGCGCCGGACCCGAAUUGAGGGCUUUGGGCGUGGUGGCACUCAGGUGAACCCCGUGGUGCGGCGGGUGCGUGGUGGCCGCGAUGAGCCGCGCCCGCGCAGGUUCAGCGACCGUGGCAUCUUCCGCCGCAACGUCCGUGACCGCUUCCGCCGUGCUGAAGAUUUUGAGCGUGAGGAGCGCCGCGAGCGGUUCCGAGAGGUUCGUGGGUGGCGCGGCGAUGGACGCCGGGUGGAGGGCCGACGCUUCGGCGAGGCGCGUCGUCUGCGCCUGCGCAUGCGUGGCACCCGCGCUGGCCGUGUUGACCGCCGCCCCGCUGAGGUGGAGGGGCAUCGCCAGCGCGAGGAACGCGUCAGUGACGGACGCCGCCGCCAGGAGAGUGGGCGUCAGAACAAUAACAACCAGGGCAACCGCGGGGGUAACAAGCAGGGUAACCUGCCGCGCAACAGCCAGCCUCAGCGCAGCAACAAAAAAUCUCAGCGCAGCCGCGAGCCUCAGAUCACUCGUGAGGAGUUGGACCGUCAGCUGGAGAACUACCGUAGCUAG